AUGGAGGGCUUGUCGGAAGAAGAGCGCCUGAAGAUCCAAGCAGUUAUGGCAUGUGCCGAACUGGAUGCAGCCGCCACCGCCGUCGCCAGCGCCGGACCAUCAGCGGCCGUCACCCCGCUCUCGUAUGUUUUUUUUCAGAUUCGAUUUAAUUUGAAGAUCGUGAAUCCUUGGUUCACCACUUCUUUUAGCGACGUCGCAGCCACAGGGGAUCCUUUCUUCUCGAGAACGACACGAGAACGUACUGGCGGUCCUGCGCAAGAGCCUCGACUCAAGCAGGACAAGGAACCGUCGAUUUCUGCCCGGUCCGACUCCACUCCGUCACGAUCUCCAUCGAGCAUCUCCAUGCAGAGUGAUGUUUCUUUGCCACCUAUGGAUGGCCUGUCCGAGAAGGAACGAGCUCACAUCGAGGCAGUGAUGGCCAGUGCUGAACGCGACUCCAUGAUGUCGUUGGAGCCACAACCAACCAGCGAAAUGAUGAUUCCUCCUGGCUUGGAAGACCUCUCCGAGGAGGAGCGUCGACAGAUCCUCGCUGUGAUGGCAGCAGCAGGAGCUGAGGCGUUGGCACCACCACCACCACAAAUCCGACGAAGUGGAGCGCUACUGUCUUGCGACCAAUGCCAUCUGCUUCUUCUGUGCAGGACCUGCAGCCCAAGCGGCCGCACACGGCCAUGGGUCAGAUACCUAGGUGACGACCAAGUCGAGCUACCUGGAUUGGAGGGGUUGUCCGCUAGUGAGCGAGAGCAAAUUCUGGCUGUAAUGGAGUCGGCGAGACGAGAUGCCGAGGAAUCUCGACCACCAACCGCGGAACCCCUGCCGCCUCCACCACCGUCUGCGUUCACCACAAUCACCACGCCUGAAGCUGCACCAUCCAUAAGUCCUUCCGUUCCACCCGGGCUGGAAGAGCUAUCGGCUGAGGAACGAGCAAAGAUUAUGGCUGUAAUGGCGAGCGCGGCGAUGGAAGAGCAGCAGAUCGUCGUUCCCCCGCCCAUGAUAAUUGUCUUCACGCAACGCCUCUAUUCCCAGGCAUCUCACACGGAGCAAGAAAAGCGCCGUCCUUCUGAUCAUAUGGAGAGAGGCAGUCGAGGAUCAAAUCGAUUCGGUGACUCCACCAGUUUCGGAAGAGGAACCCAUGAGCAGGAGAUUGCCGACAAGCCAGGCCAUCGAAUCCUUUGGAGCUUUAGAGAGGACGCUCAACGAUUCUCCAGACCAGAAAAGGUAACGCUGAUACUGACGACUUUCUUUGCCUCAAAAUAUUGCACCAAUCGCCGUUCAGAAAAGCCAAUGAGGGUCGCUGAACCUGCGCGUGAACAGUCGCCUGAAGAAGAAAUCCCCGGCGUCGACCUAUCGCAUCUGUCGCCAUCCGAGCGGGAGCAGAUCCGUGCAGUCAUGAGAAUGGCUCAAAUGGAUGACCCGGGAAGAAGAGAAGGUCUUUAUCAAUCAAAAGCUCUCGUCGGUAUAUCAAUACCGAUUGAACCGACCAUUUCAGCCUCACAACGAGCUCAAUACGACAAGACGGACACCACCUCAAAACCGGAUGCGCCCACUGCCGAGAAGAAACCUCGGCAGACGUCCAUGACAUCGUCGUCAGAGCUUGGAUCGCCCACCCGAGAGUCAGGAUACGGUACCACCUCGACAUCAUAUGAUCAUGAACUAGGUGACUUCGCCACGAAGACCGAACGGAUGUACGACGUAUUGGAAGAUGCUGGUGAAGUGAGGGAAGGUGCCCACUCGAGAAACGACUCCCGUGCAGAUGACAGACGUGAAGACUUCGAUUUCACCUAUUCAGAUGCUCGAUUCUCUGACCUGAAUGACGAUAAUUUCGAUACGGAUAGGUACAAAGUUAGUUUACAUGACGAAUCGGGUGUCAGCGUAGAUGCGGUGGAAAUGGAUGAAGAGGAUUUGUACAGUCAACAGAGAGCUGAGUGGACCGGUGGACGGACACGAAUGUGGACGACGGUGUUUGAAGGUGACGAGUCAGAACAACCGGCUGACGACGUAUUCAUCCAGCACUCGCCUACAGGUUAG